CGUCACGCGUGGCGCCGGCGCAGAGCGAGAGAGGGGCAGGUCCCCGCGCAGCAAGGGCGGUCGGCUGAGCCCAGAGGCGAACUUCUGCGGAGGCGCAGGUUCCACCGGCCGGGAAUGACGCCCCCCGAGGCCUAGGGUCCCGCCCCCGCGGCCAGCCGCCGGCCCUCGUCCGCCCGCCGUGUCCGGCCGCGAGUGUCACCGUUCCUUCGAACAUGCUGGCGCCGCUCGCCAGGCGCUCCUGCCCGGCAUUUCUGUGCAUUCAUGCCUUAAAAAUUAAGAAAAAUUGUCUACCUCUGUGUACCUCAAGAUGGACUUCAACUUCAGUUAUACCUCGAAUUACUACCCACUAUACUGUUUAUCCGCGGGAGAAGGACAAGAGAUGGGAAGGAGUGAACAUGGAGAGGUUCGCCGAGGAAGCGGACGUGGUGAUAGUUGGUGCGGGCCCUGCAGGGCUCUCUGCUGCUGUCCGCCUGAAGCAGCUGGCUGCUGAGCAGGAGAAAGACAUCCGGGUGUGCCUGGUGGAGAAAGCUGCUCAGAUAGGUGCGCACACCCUCUCAGGGGCGUGCCUAGACCCAGGUGCUUUCAAAGAGCUCUUCCCAGACUGGAAGGAGAAAGGGGCUCCACUUAACACUCCUGUAACAGAAGACAGAUUUGGAAUUCUAACAGAGAAAUACAGAAUUCCUGUGCCGAUCCUUCCAGGUCUUCCAAUGAAUAAUCAUGGCAACUACAUUGUGCGCCUGGGACAUUUAGUGAGCUGGAUGGGAGAGCAAGCAGAAGCCCUCGGUGUGGAAGUGUACCCUGGAUAUGCUGCUGCCGAGGUCCUCUUUCAUGAAGAUGGUAGUGUAAAAGGAAUCGCCACUAAUGAUGUAGGAAUACAAAAGGACGGUGCACCAAAGACAACAUUUGAGCGAGGACUGGAGCUCCACGCCAAAGUCACGGUUUUUGCAGAAGGUUGCCAUGGACACCUAGCCAAGCAGCUUUUCAAGAAGUUCGAUUUGAGGGCCAACUGUGAACCCCAAACCUAUGGGAUCGGGCUGAAGGAGUUAUGGCUUAUUGAUGAAAAGAAGUGGCGGCCUGGGAGAGUGGAUCACACUGUCGGAUGGCCCUUGGACAGACACACUUACGGAGGCUCUUUCCUCUAUCAUUUAAAUGAAGGUGAACCCCUAGUGGCUCUUGGACUUGUGGUUGGCCUGGACUACCAAAAUCCAUAUCUGAGUCCAUUUAGAGAAUUCCAGAGGUGGAAACACCAUCCCAGCAUUCAGCCAACACUGGAAGGUGGAAAAAGGAUUGCCUAUGGAGCCAGAGCUCUCAAUGAAGGUGGCCUCCAGUCUAUACCAAAGCUCACCUUUCCUGGUGGUUUACUAAUUGGCUGUAGCCCUGGUUUCAUGAAUGUUCCCAAGAUCAAAGGUAGCCACACGGCAAUGAAAAGUGGAAUUUUGGCAGCAGAAUCCAUUUUUAACCAACUAACUACUGAAAAUCUCCAAUCAAAAACAAUAGGACUCCAUGUAACUGAGUAUGAGGACAACUUGAAGAAAUCGUGGGUAUGGAAAGAGUUGUACGCUGUCCGAAAUAUCAGGCCGUCCUGCCACGGAGUGCUGGGUGUGUAUGGAGGGAUGAUUUACACUGGAAUAUUUUACUGGAUAUUCAGAGGAAUGGAGCCAUGGACUCUAAAACAUAAAGGCAGUGACUCCGACAAGCUCAAGCCAGCCAAGGACUGCACACCUAUUGAGUAUCCAAAACCUGAUGGACGGAUCAGUUUUGACCUCUUGUCGUCUGUGGCUCUGAGUGGUACUAAUCAUGAACACGACCAGCCAGCACACUUAACCUUAAAGGAUGACAGUAUACCUGUGAACAGAAACCUGUCAAUAUACGACGGGCCAGAGCAGCGGUUCUGCCCUGCAGGGGUUUAUGAAUUUGUGCCUUUGGAACAAGGUGAUGGAUUUCGGCUACAGAUAAAUGCUCAGAACUGUGUGCACUGUAAAACGUGUGACAUUAAAGACCCAAGUCAGAAUAUUAACUGGGUGGUACCUGAAGGUGGAGGAGGACCUGCUUACAACGGAAUGUAAACCACAAUCGACUUCAUUCAUUUGCAGGCACAUUUGACAGCCAGUUUUUUAACGUGUAAGGCAAGUUAACUUUUAAAGGUUAACAGGUACCAAAAAAGAGCAUUAAUUGUCAGGAUGUGCACAAAAUAAUUACCAGUGAAACAAAACCUUUAUACUACCAUUUCUAGAAUUGUCCUAUAAAAUUUAUAAAUAUUUCCCUUAAAUAAAACUUUGUAAAUGAUGCAGCAUCUACUUACCACUCUGCUGUCCUCUGAUUUAGUACUAACAGAAAAAUGCACUUUUGACCUUUACAGUUAACUUGCCAAACUGAAGUCUUAAAGUCCAAAAAUUAACAUAUAUUCUGGACCAGGGGUAAGCCUCAGCUCAUCCCUUACUGUGAGUGUGGUCUUGCUGAGAUACAGCUGUGCUCACUGGUUGUCUGUGGCUAAUUUUGAGGCAGAAGUGCAGAGCUGAGAUGUGACAGACAAGCACUGCAGAAAAAGGCUGGGCCAACCCCUGAACAAGAAUAUGCAGGUGGUUCGAACAGUUCCUGGACAAAAUGAAACUCAGAGCGCAGUCUGCAGCAUAAACUUUUCCCAUAGUUUUUUUUUAUAAAACACCAGCACAAACCAACUACAACUACAGAUACAGCAAAGAAUUGGAGGAAACCACAAAAGCUCUCAUCUACUUACCCAGCAAAGUAUAUGUUUAAGAGUUUAAACACUGGCUGUACACCAUUAUUUGAAAAUGAAGCGACUUUACUGUAACACUUUUAUUAAGAGUAAACCUUUAUCAGUAUUCCUAACUGUAAACAAUGGGAGCUGAAAUGUCACAGGAAACACAUUAGGGGUCACAGACAGACCGUGACCCUUACAUUUGCUUAAUGCCUUGGUGUAACCAAUGCAGACUGGUUAAGCAAACAUUUUUGCAUAUACUGCUUUCUCUUUGUCUUUCUGUGCCUUUAUCUUCUGUUUGACUUUCAGCAGUUCUGCCUGGAUAGCUGCAAAAUAAACAUGCAGUGAGUUAUUUCUCAAAAUCCAGCAAAUUAGGGUGAUUAGCAAGUUUUUUUUUUAAUAAUAACUAGCUUCCCCUUGAUAACACCUCUUAAGAACAAUUGUAAAAACUAGGAAGAGCUGGAAGCUGUCAGCUGAGGGACGCCAUUACGUAAACAGGCCCUCCCCACCAGGGAGAGCACGACUGCCUCCCUUGUUCUAAUUCAGCAAGACAAGACCAAAGUUUGGUUUUCCAUAUGCAGACCUUAUGCUCCUAUUCAUACUUGGACGGUUUUUUUAAAAACGACUUUUUGUCAAAGUGUCCCUAAAUCAUGUAUCCAGUAGCUACAUGUACGUUAUAGUCACAUUCGGCUCAAAUCUAUCAGUGUUGAGUUUUCAACUGGAAUCACAGGAACCAGGUCUCAGAUGAGAAAGCAGGGCAAACAGUAUUCAGCUACAUGAAAAACUAGCACAUUUUGAGGAACUAGAAUGUAAGCCCCUUGAGGGCAGGGACCUUGACUGUCUUGUUCAUUGCCAUAUGAUCAAUGCCUGGCCCAAUUACAGACAUUCUGUAAUACUAGUUGAACAAAUAAAUCAGAUCUGGCACAGUG